CAUGCGGAGGAAGCCAUUGCGACCCUUCCUUGCCUUUGCCUUGACCCCGUUCCCAGCCGGGGAAAGAGCUAGGAGGCCGAGGGCGGUGUGGCUGUUGGAUCUGGGUUUAGUUUUGUAGGAACACUGACACGCGUCACUGCUGUCUGUCUGUGUAUGCCUUUGAAUCUCCUGUCAACAUGAAUUUUGCAGGGGGUUUUCUUAAGGAAGGGAUCCUUUGGCCAGUUCCUUCCUCUGAAACAAGAGCCUGGCAUCCAUUCAUGGUCUCCCAUCUAAAUCCUAACCAGGGCUGGCCCUGCCUAGCUUCCAAGGCCAGCUGAUAGCACCUUUUUUGGUACUUAGUUGUGUGUGUAUCCAUUUGCUUUCCAGUCCCAUGCCCCAUGCAUUUCAGAAGGUUUUCUUCGCCAAGAGGUGGCUUGGCCAGCUCCUUCCUUUGAAACAGAGCCUCCAGUAGCAGGGAAUCCCUUGGUGGCCUCCCCUCCAGGACUUAACCAGGGCUGACCCUGCUUAACCAAGACCAGAUCUGGUGCCUGAAUUUAGGAUCCUUUUCCUGGGGCUUUCCAUUGAAUAUCAGCCCUUCUUUUGGUAAACCAAGAACACUCAAUGGACAGCAUCAGAAAGGCACCCAGGGAGCUAAGGAGCCUAAACCUUCCAGUGCAUGCUUUUCCUCUUCCUUUUUUGGAUUACAAUCCCGGGACUGGAGGAUUCUGGGAGAUGUAGUCCACAGCAAGAGGUGCUACAGAUACAGCGGUGGCCACUAGGCGGUGCGUUUUUACGCACGGAGAGGUGGCUGGCUCCUCCAGCUGCCCAGGCCGAGGAGCUGGCGCUGGAUCCGGAUCUGGAUGAGGGACCCAGUGUCCUGGGGGUCCUCUCCGGGGGCCCCGAUCCUCUUGGUCCUGCUCAGCCUGGCUGGGAGCAGCAGAAGCAGCAGCAGCAGCGGUGCAACAUCUGGAGAGCCUCCUCCUGGGAAGCACAAAGGAGUCGCUUUUCUUUGCCACCCGUAUGCCCACUCCUUGCUCCACCGGCAGAUGUUCCUCCUCGCACAAGCGUACCUGCCCCACCACAUCCUCACCCCACAUGAAGGUCCCACAUGGGAAAAGCCAUUGGAAUUAAGAGUUUGGGAUGCUUCCCUCCAGAGAGCAGAAGCGGAUCUGGUCCAAGUUGGGUCUCGGUUCAAGAGGCAGAUCGCAAAGUCAAAGAGAAACUGGAGAUAUCACCGUUUGCUGAAACGGGUAGAAGGUAAAGCGAUCUGCCCGUUGCACCGGGUACAGGUCUUGCAGAAACUGUUCUACAAGAGACCAGACCAUGAGUUACGACGAUUGGCAAGGCAAACCUUACAUUGGCAAACCAUACAUUGGCCAAAACCAGACCAUGGCUUGCACCCAUCGGUGAGGCAACGGCGGGCCCUACAUUGGCCGCAACAACUUUUGGGUGGGUUUGGAUAUUUAGCGGCACCACAUCCUAGCCAAGGUCGACCUCUUCCUUCUACUCUCCCUUUGCUGGUUGAGAAAAAGGACCUUCCAGGACCAUCAGAGAGCCAGGAGGGGGUCCAUCUGACCCCAACAGGGCCACAAACGACCCUUGCCACUGAGGCCGGAGAAGCCCGCACCGCAGGGGGAUGUCGGUGUCCGAGCGGAGAAACUGUCAAGGCCCAAAGCCAGCUGGGGAAGUCCCAACAGGUGAGGGCCCGCGUCCCGACCCCCCGCACCGAAGAAGCCGCCUGGGCCGCCAGCGCCCUCACCUUCUUGCUGGUGGUGCUGACGUUGGCCGUCUUGUAUACCCGGCUCCAUCAGAAAUGCCGCCGCGGACGGAGCCUCUACUGGACGGCUGAGGGCGAGGAGGACCACGACACAGUGGCCGCGGUCCUCAAACGGCGUCUCCUCUCGGCGCAGGUUCGCCGCAAGAAACGUCCACGUCAGCAACCGAGGCGGGAACUCCUGCCUUCUACGUCAAGUGACAGUUCGGACUAAAACCCAGACUGAUUGCAAAAGGGCAGGUCCAGUCUUUUUGGGACAAGGCUGCCUGGCUGUGCAUUUAUGUUCUGAACUGAUAAGGGAGACGUUUCACCUUAAGAGGAGCUGGCUCCUUUGUUCAAUCAUCUGCUUUUCUGACGCGGUAAAGUAUAUUUUCUUCUUCUUGCUCAAUAAAGUAUAUUUUCCUAUGUAAAGACCAA